AUGGAAAAACAAACCGAUUUUCAUUCGUACGAGAAGUUUACAGUACCAUUGAAGAAUGCAGCAAUUGAGAGCUUGCAAGACUUUAUAGAUAAUCAUCUUCUUCGUCAAUCUCUUCGCUGGAAAAAUCUUCUCAAGAAAGAAGAUGAUCGUAUAUAUCUUGCAGUAACAGCCACCGUACGAGAAGGUCCAACAAAUCUCCCAAUGAGCGCGAAUGAGAUUCGUACGAUCAAGGAACUUAUUGAUCAGUACUUUCCCAACAAAGAUCGUAUGAUGCAUGUUAUUCUUGAUCGAAAAGACUCUCGAGUAACUACAUACGAGGAUGACAAUGCUCUUCCCAAUUUUCCUUCACUUCAAACGGUCAAGAAAGAGUCGUACGACAAGUCAAAAUCUUCCAUCAAACAAGAACACAUCAAACAAGAACGCAAACCCAUCAAGCUGAAAUUCAAACGACCUCCCUCGGAUUCGUACGAAACCCCUACUUCCACUCGAGUCAAAGAUCUUUCUCCCGUACGAGCCGAGAAAGACUCUCCUCUUCGUUUCUCUUGCUCCCCUCUUUCAUCUCCUGAUUCGACGAUAUCCGUAUUCAUACGAACAGAUAAGCUAAUAUCUGGUGAGGAGUCAUCGUACAGAGGUCAGAAUAGGACUGGUAAUGAGAUUGAAGAUGGGGAUAUUGAUGAUGGCAUUAAAGACACUCCCUUGGCAUGUCGUACGAGAGGGAAAACUGCUGGUGCUGGUGGCAAAGGUAAAGGAAAAGCUCGUGCAUAA